AAAAAAUCAAAGUUUCAGACUCUUUCCUCGAACCGUCUUUCCUUAACCUUCUUCACUUUUCUCUAUUCUCUAAGCUUCUUCCCCAUCUUUACUCCUCUUCAUGCUUCUCCUUCAAUAAGACGUGAACUUCUUGGGCCCUCCUUCGAGCUUUUUCUUCGUUUUCAUCAGUGCGUGCGUGUGGCUUUUGCAACCAUCGAACGUUUGUUCUACCGAUUCAUUAGUCGAUCUACAUCUCUAGUUAGGGCUCCAACCUCUUUUCACCAUUUUCUUCAUUUUCAACCGAUUAAAUCCUCUUUUCUAUCGAUUAAAAGCCUUUCCACCGAUUGAUUCUUCGAUUAGCAUCAUUUACACCGAUCAAUCUUGCAUUUGCACCGAUUAAUCGAUCCAUUUUAGGUUUCCUUCAUCAACCUAGGGUUUUAGGGUUCUUCGCGUCUUAUCCUCUCUGUUUUUGGAGUAUUCCUGGAUUCUCAGGGUUUGGAAGAAAUUGCACACAAAUGCUAUUCAGGAGAACAACUGAAAGAUGCGUUAUCCAGCUGGAGCCAUGCUUUCGCCGCAACUGCAGGUAUCACUGGUUGGGAUGACAAAGAUUUCAGGGGAUAAGAGUUAUCGAAGGAUUGUCCCUGAAAUUGCAUUCCAGCAUUAGAGAUUGCUUGGAAGCUCGUUCUUUCAAGAAAAUGAAGAGACUAAGACUCCUACAACUUGAUCAUGUACAACUUAGUGGAGAUUAUGGGUACCUACUUCCAAUGACUGAGUAUGAUGAGUAUGGCACACCUCUGGACCGUGAAACAUUUAUGAAAGAGCUUGAGAAUUUCUACUGACAGCGGUCCUUGGAAUUUAAGCCUCCUAUGUUUUACGGAGAGCCUCUAAAUUACCUUAAGUUGUGGAGAGCUGUUAUCAGACUGGGUUGCUAUGAUGUGGUAUGGACUUGUCUAACAUGUUAUUUUUGACAGAUCAUCUCUUUGAAUAGUUCUAGGCCAUGGCAGUAAUUCUUGCAUUACUUUUCUUACUUCAAACUCAAGGUUGUUGUUAAUGCUAUUUCUAAUAGCUUCAUCCCAUUCAUAUCUUGCGUAGGAUAAAAGGGCCGUUUAAAUGAACCAAAUGUUUGCAUCACAUGGACUAACCCUAAUUGAUCUAGUUGCUCUAUCAGGUAUUUCAAGCAAUUGGUGCUGUCAGAGGAUUUCUAAGACCAUAUUCUCUUAUAAGUAGUGAAAAAUUUCAAGAAUAAAGCUUUUGAAGAUUACUUUAAAUUUAAUUUAUGCUUUUUCAGAUUGCUUUUGAAUAUUGUAAGUGCAUGAAUCAUCUGAUAAUUGGGUUGCUCUGUUUGCAUCAAUGCUUAAUGGUCCUGUUAAGUUUUUUAUUAUAACCACUUAUUAGUUAUGAUUGCAUUAAUGUUUGCAUCUGAUAUUCUUUCAUGACUAAUUUUAGUUAAUAUCUUGUAAUAUACCUGUAAUGAAAUGAAAUAAAAACCAGAGAAUAAGAUUUUUCAUUGCUCCUGCAUCUCUAUCCAAGUUACGCAUGAGUAAUAUGUGGGGUGGAGCAAAACAAAGAAACUUACAUGCUUAAAAGAAGAUGUUAUCUUUCUUCUAAUUUCCCUGUAACAUUUGAAGCAAAACAUUACUUGUCUAUGUGCUGGAUGCUGCUGUCUUACGGCUUCUCCCUUUCUUUUGUGUGGAUGUUGAAUCGUGUGAGCUAUUGGGUUGUGUGCUUCUUCAAAAUGGAAGGUGUAUGUGUUCAAAAGUGGUUGGACAAGGGGUCGUGAACUCUUCAGACCAUCCAACAUUUUUGUGCGUGUGAAUGUGGGGUGGAGCUGCCUGCCAAUUAACUAUGUGUUCUCCACUUUCUUCCUUGGUCUGUCCUAUAUAUGGAUGGCUUCCUUGUCAUCAUGUAUUUUAUUUCAGCCAAGAAAAUAGGUCAUUUCCUUUCCAUUAAUUCCACACUGCCCCCUUCUUCUUUCACGUAUCAAGUCUCUCAUUUCUCCAAUAAUAUAGUGCUUUCCAUGUCACAAAGGGUCCUCCACUUAUUGUUUUCAGCCGUGUGUUUUUGUCUCCUCCCAUGUGCACUUUUGAAUUAAAAAAACAAAUGAAUGCCCAUCAUUCACGUGAUGCACCUCCACUUCUAUAUAUAUUUUUUAUUGAGUCAUAUGAAGUGUCGUGUGCUUGCUGCACAAUCCAUAUUCUUUCUCACUUUCCGUACAACCCAUGUGAGCUUCCAAAAUCAUUUUUAAUGCUAGUGCUUUUUUUGGUGGUGGUCGUGUGUGUUAGAAAAUGUGGCAGCUGCAUUCCAUCUCCAAAUUAAAAUUCGAACAUGCAUUCUCCAUGCCCCACUUCUCCAUUUGAAGCUUCUUAUUUCUUCAUUCUUUAUUCUUUACAUCAUUCUUUCUUCAUGUGCCGUCAGUUGUACUACCACCACUUCAGUUGUGUGGCAUUUUUGGAUAUUUUCAUAGAAUGUUGUUAUUAACAGAGAUUUAUGUUUAUAUUUCAACCACCCAUCCGGUUUUGAGAAAGAAGAAAAUAAACAAUAUUUGAUUCUUUGAAAAUUGUUACUUUCGUUGCUUUGAUCAUUGAAAAUUUGACAUAAAAAAAACUCUCUCCCUAAAUCAGUUUUUGAGGAAGAAGAAAAUACAAAAUUGAUUCUUGAAAAUUGUUGCUGUGAUCGUUGUAAGUUUUGAAAUAAACCAAUUGGUCUAUUUUAGAGGUAACUUGGAAGCUUUAGUGGGGAGAAAUUUGUUAGUAAAUAGAGAACUUUUGGUCUACAAACCAAACCAAGAAAUGUUCACUUUUUUUCAGAUAAUGCAGUAAAACAAUGAAGAGAGAGAGACAAGAGAUCUGUGCCCAUAAUGGGCUUCAAAAAGAGAACAUAUGAGUUUUUUUUUUCAUUUAUUUUCUUGAAAUUCGUAUGUAUACACAAGUGACCAAGCUCUAGCCCUACUUGUGUAAGCUUCUUCUUUUAAUUACCACAGAGGGUGAUGUCCCUCUUGGAUGGUCUGAAAGUCAAAGCAUUGAAGUUGUAUAUGCAGAUGUUAUGAUGGCAUAUGCCCUAGCCAUGGUAAAAUUGUGUGUAUUUUAGACCUUGUAUUAAGGGUCAAGUAGUAUAGGGUAUAUUUUUAGGCCUUGUAUAAUGGGCCAAGUAUUGUAUGGUUUGUAAUAUUAGCUUAAAAGAGUGUGUCCCACCAUGGGACAUGAUGGCCACAUGGCAAGCUCUUAGUGAAGACACUUCUUAAAAAGGAAGUGGCCAUGUGUCACUUUCUAAGAAUGGAGAAACUUUGUAAAAGAGGAUUGCCACAUGUCUCUUUAAGAGUGGAUAGUUUUUAGGGUUUCUUGUCUACUUUGGAGACACCUUUCUCUAUAAAUAGAAGGGUCUCCUUCCUUGUAAAAUCACUUGAUGAAUUUGAAUGUUAUUAUGCCAAAAUGUGUGCAAACAUAUCUUGUCUCAAGUCAAGGCUAGAGCAUCCCAUGAGGUCCCUCUAACCACCCUUCUCUAGAGUUGGCCCAACCUCUCCGGAGAUCCAUCAAACACCUACAUCCAACCACAAAUACUCACCAAAAGCCUCACCAAAAUUGUGAGCCCACCACCAUAUCCAUCGCUUCCGCACAAAUUCCACCUCCAUAGCUUCAUCUUCGUGCUUUGGCCCAACCUAGCUCGAGGAGGACGCUAUCAUUUGGUAUCAAGAGCUUUGGGUCUACAAGAGCUAAGUAUCUUGGUCCUUUACCUAUCUUUGUGUAUUUCUUGUUGUUAUUGUGUUGUUCUUUAUUGUCUUCCAUUGUUUACAUCCAUAUAUGUUAUUUUUAUGGUUCUAGUUUGUUCUUUUGCGGAACCAUUCGGUUUUUACCACUAAGUUUCCAUAUACAUGUGUUGUGGCAUGCUUUUAUAUUUUUUUUGAGUCUUUCUUCAUAUAUUUGGUUCUGUUUUAAUGUCAUUUUUGGGUUAUUUUUUAUUUUUAAUUCCAUCCAUGUUGUCUAGAGUCAUGUGUAGUCAUUUUUAUGUCAUUUUCUCUUAGUUCGGGCUUUGCAAAAAUCAUAAAAAAAUAUGUCCCAUUGGGAUUUCGAAAUUACAGUAUAUACAUCCAUUUGAGUGAUUUUCUAUUUCAUAUUUGAGUUCAUGCUUGUCAUUAGAUCAUUGUCAAGUUCUUAGAGUUAAGUUUCUCUUGUGUUUCUUUGAGUUUCAUGCUCUAUUUUUGAUUCUAGUAAGAUUUCUUCCAUUUUUUUUCUUUGAGUCAUGAACUUUGAGUUACACAAACAAAUUGUCCAGAUCUAAUUUGUGUUGAAAAACAAAAGUGUAGACAAAAGUAAAAAGUCAAAGUAAAAAAAAAAAAAAGAUAAAAAAAAAGUAAAAGUACAAGUAAAAGCAAAAGUGAAAAAAAAAAGUUACUUUGACUUGAGACUUUGACAUGAGACUUUACCAUGACACUUGGAGAUGAUACUUGGACAUAAUACCUUGACAUGACACUUGGACAUGACCCUUGGAUAUGAGACUUGGACAUGACACUUUUGGCAAAAUAUUGUUUCUGCCUACAUUGCACCAUUAGCUAAGUGUUUGUAAAGAUAAGAAGUAAUAAUUCUCUAUUCUAAUUGUUUUUGGUUUUAUUCAUCUAUUCUAGUGCCUUUCUUUAGGUAAUUCUUUUGAGUGCCUAGCCUUUGUUUUUAAGCUUUAUUUUCUUGAUUGUCUUGUUCAUUACUCUUUGUUUUGUCUCAACAUAACUCCUUUUGAAGAGCUAUUGUUCAAAUUGGCCCUUGAUUUGCAUUCUCUUUGGAUUCCUACCUUUCGGAUUUGGUUUGAUAUUUGGUGUAGGAUAUUCUUUGGAGGAAAAACGAAAUUGGACAUAGUAUAUUGGGUGAUCGGAGACCUCUAUGGACCUUGAAACCUUGAGGAAGAGACAAGAAGAAAAGGAGUGAAACACUUUAGAGAGGAACACACAUUAUUUAUUUGUAUUACGCAUUUUUGAGUUGUAAAAUUGUAUUGCUUUUGGAUUUGUAACUCAUAACCUUGUUAGGUAUCUUGGGGUAGUCUGUGAUACUCAAUCCCAUAUCCUAACAAAGACUUGUAAACCAUAUUGAAAACGUUUUUAGUUGGUUAAAGUUUGAAGGUUCCAAAGUGCCUUCUAACUUUACCAUUAGGCCGCAUAGUCUAGUUUAAUUGUUGUCUUUAUCUGCUUAUAAUUUAUUGUGUGUCUACUUGUGUAUCAAACCUAAUUCCAUUUGAGAAGUUUGGUGCAAGAGAACUUGAGGUAAACUUUGGCUAGGAAAGGCUUGGAUUUUAAGUGAUCCUUAGUGAUUCUCCUCUCUUUCCUGGAAGUGAACUUGAGAUUAUUUUGCCUCCUUAAAUCUCUAAAGGAAUUUACUUUUGAAAUACAAGUUUGUGUGUGCAUUACAUAUUUUGAAUUUUUUUAAGAAUGUUUAAGGAACCUUCUUACCAAAUUGAUAGUGAUUAUAGUGAAGAGGCCCAACCAAAUUUAGAACAAAUGGCCAAGGAACUAAAAUCACUAAAACUUUGGCAAAAGCAAGAAUCCAUUUUGAAAGAAAAAGAGAGAGUUGAAAGAGAACAAUAUCUUGAAACCUUAGAAGAAGAACUUAGAGUUCUAGCCCAAAAACAAGAAAAGGUCCAAGAAGAGAUAAAGAAAAGUAGAAGUAGGAGUCACUCAAGGAAAAGUUCAAAAAUUCCCACAGAAAACACAUACCCUGAACAAGAUAGUAGGACUGCUGCACAAUUCUACCAACAUCCUCCACCUAGAAGGUAUAGAAGGGAGAGUGAACAACCACCAAGAGAGAUUAGGAUAGACCUUCCUCAUUUCCAUGGGAAAGAAGAUGUUGAGGCAUACCUAGAUUGGGAAAUGAAAGUAGAACAACUUUUUGAGUGUCAUCAAAUAAUAGAGGAAAGGAAAGUUUCCCUAGCCACCUUAAGCUUUCAAGGGAAUGCCAUGUAUUGGUGGACUGCCCUAGUGAGAGAAAGAAGACUCUCCAAUUCCCCUCAAGUCCAAUAUUGGAAUGACUUGAAGAGUGCUCUAAGAAGAAGACACAUACCUUCCUACUACCAUAGAGAGCUUAUGGAUAAACUCCAAAGGCUCCAACAAAGAACCAUGAGUGUGGAAGAGUAUAGGCAAAAGAUGGAACUCUACAUGAUGAGGGCGGGAAUUAGGGAAGAAGAAGCAACCACAAUUUCUAGAUUUCUAAGUGGUCUUAAUCUUGAUAUUAGAGAUAGAGUGGAAUUGUUGCCCUAUCAAGAUCUUAAUGAUUUGGUACAAAUUUGCAUAAAGGUAGAGCAACAACAUUUGAGAAAAGGUUUGAAAAUUGACCACUCUAACUCUAGUGUUAAGAAAGACUAUAGGAAGGAAGGUAAGCAAGUGAUGGAAGAGGAACCCUCUAGGAAUCUGUGGAAGGAGAAAGAAAAAGAUAGAUCAAGGGAGGGAACAUCAUUACACACUCGUACUAGUGAAAUUAAAUGUUUUAAAUGUCAAGGUAGAGGUCAUAUGGCAUCACAAUGCCCCACUAAAAGGACCAUAAUCUUGAGGGAUGUUGACUCAUAUAGUAGUGAAGAGGAGGAGGAGAAAGGCACAAGUAAGGAUGAGAGUAAAGGGGAAGAUUCCUACCCAUGCGAGGGAGAUCUCCUCAUGAUGAGAAGAGUUUUGAAGAAUCAACCUAGUCCCCAAGUCCAAACCCAAAGAGAGAACAUCUUUCAUACAAGAUGUCAAGUUUUAGAAAACACGUGUUCUCUUAUUGUGGAUAGUGGCUCAUGUUGCAAUUGUUGUAGCACUAGGUUGGUUGAAAAGUUAGCCUUAACUAUAUUGCCUCACCCCCAACCUUACAAACUUCAAUGGCUUAAUGAUGGUGAAGACAUGAUAGUUAAUCAACAAGUGAAGGUUAAGUUUUCCAUAGGGAAUUAUGAAGAUAGUGUGCUAUGUGACAUAGUACCUAUGGAAGUUUGUCACAUCUUGUUAGGAAGGUCUUGGCUUUUUGAAAAGGAAACCAUACAUCAUGGUCGUACCAAUGAGAUAACCUUCAACCAUAAAGAUAGAAAGUUUGUACUUCAUCCUCUCACACCAUCUCAAGUUGAAACAGACCAAGUACAAAUGAAAAAUAAGAGAGAAAAGGAAAGAGAUGACACUAACAUAUACAAAAUCAAAUGUUCAGAGUGUCAAAGCAAUACACACAUGUCCAAUGAAUGUCCCAACAAAAGAGCCUUCAUGUUAAAGGCCACAAGCUUGUGUGAAGAUUCAAAAGGGGUAUUCUUUCCAUCUUCCUUUAGUAGAUUGGAAAGACAAGACCAAAUGAGACUUGGUGGUAAAAAAAGGAAGUCACUCCAAAUGCAUAUGCAUUCAACACAAGAUAAGCCGGGACUUAAAGGGAAAAUACAUAAUUGGGUUGAUUAUUCUAAUAAUACUUACUUUAUCUCUUGUUUUUUGCAGAAAGUUAUUUGACCCCGGAGGGUUUUGUUGAUACAUAAGUUGAUCAAUAUGAAGAAGAGGGUUUUUGAAGAAACUUAAAGAUUUGAGGACAAAUCCUUUUUAAGAGGGAGGGUAUGAUGGCAUAUGCCCUAGCCAUGGUAAAAUUGUGUGUAUUUUAGACCUUGUAUUAAGGGUCAAGUAGUAUAGGGUAUAUUUUUAGGCCUUGUAUAAUGGGCCAAGUAUUGUAUGGUUUGUAAUAUUAGCUUAAAAGAGUGUGUCCCACCAUGGGACAUGAUGGCCACAUGGCAAGCUCUUAGUGAAGACACUUCUUAAAAAGGAAGUGGCCAUGUGUCACUUUCUAAGAAUGGAGAAACUUUGUAAAAGAGGAUUGCCACAUGUCUCUUUAAGAGUGGAUAGUUUUUAGGGUUUCUUGUCUACUUUGGAGACACCUUUCUCUAUAAAUAGAAGGGUCUCCUUCCUUGUAAAAUCACUUGAUGAAUUUGAAUGUUAUUAUGCCAAAAUGUGUGCAAACAUAUCUUGUCUCAAGUCAAGGCUAGAGCAUCCCAUGAGGUCCCUCUAACCACCCUUCUCUAGAGUUGGCCCAACCUCUCCGGAGAUCCAUCAAACACCUCCAUCCUACCACAAAUACUCACCAAAAGCCUCACCAAAAUUGUGAGCCCACCACCAUAUCCAUCGCUUCCGCACAAAUUCCACCUCCAUAGCUUCAUCUUCGUGCUUUGGCCCAACCUAGCUCGAGGAGGACGCUAUCAUGUUAGCUUUUCUUGCUUUGAUUGCAAUCACAUUAGAAGUGGUUCUGUAGCCAGGAACAUUGCAAGCAGAGGAUGAACUACCUAUUAAGCUUACUUGGCAUGAAGACACAACUACAGAAUCUUCUGCACAUUUCACACCAUCAAUUGAAGGAAUUUCCAGCUUGUACAUCCCAAACUUGUGAAGCAUGAAGCGUCCGAAUGUGGUCUUUAUGAUGAGCAGCAACAGCAGCUAGAACUUUGUUUUUCUUUCAGAGCAUUAGCAUUUUGCUGGUAGUAGGGGUGUGGAUAAAGAGGAGCAGUGGUUAGUGGAGAACCAACUCCAAGCAAAAAGUUGAAAGUUAUUUUAUCUUUUUUUCACAAGAAACAAAGACACGUGAAUGUUGUUUGGCAAGACAUGGAGUUAAUGAUUAGGAGAGAGAAGUGGUGGUAGUAAUUUUUGUAUUUAUUGCUUUGAACUCUCUUUAUAGAGUAUUCAAAUAAAAUUUUCAUGUUUUAAU